AUGGCAAUUGGACUUCAUCGAACGAUGAUUGGCUUAAUGAAUGUGGAUGGUGCUUUUGCUACAAACCAGAAUAUUGUGGGUUGUGGUGAAUUCAAAGCCACGUUCAUGUACAAGAUGAAUGAUAGGGAUCCUCUUCAUGCCGAGCUAUGGGCAUGCCUGUGGGGAUUGAAAAUGGCUUGGGAUUUUGGAACUCAUAAACUUAUCCUUAAGUUUGACUCCUAUGACGCCGUUGAAGCAAUCAAUGGAGCAACAUUCCUCAACCACACAAACUUUGUUGUCAUUUAUGAGAUUAGAGACCUGUUAGCUCGUGAUUAG